CAGCUUCAAGGGAGAAAGCAAGACUUUCAACCCGGAAGAGAUCUCGUCUAUGGUUCUGACCAAGAUGAAGGAGACAGCAGAGGCGUUCCUGGGCAAGAAAGUGAUUGACGCCGUCAUCACAGUACCUGCCUACUUCAAUGACUCUCAGCGCCAGGCCACCAAGGACGCUGGUGCCAUCGCUGGACUCAAUGUUCUGCGCAUCAUCAACGAGCCAACUGCAGCAGCCAUCGCCUACGGUCUCGACAAAAAGGUAGGCACCGGAAAUUGCAGGGAACGUAAUGUGCUCAUCUUUGAUCUUGGAGGCGGAACCUUUGACGUGUCCAUCUUGAGCAUCGAUGAGGGCAUAUUUGAGGUCAAAUCAACGGCGGGAGACACACAUCUAGGCGGAGAAGAUUUUGACAACCGGAUGGUAAAUCACUUUGUGCAAGAGUUUCAGAGGAAGUACAAGAAAGACAUCAGUGGCAACAAGCGUGCUUUGCGACGUCUGAGGACGGCAUGUGAAAGAGCCAAGCGCACACUCUCCUCUUCAUCUCAGGCGACUGUAGAGAUCGACUCGCUGUUUGAUGGUAUCGACUUUUACACGUCCAUCACUCGAGCCAGGUUCGAGGAACUGUGUUCGGACCUUUUCCGUGGCACUCUGGUGCCGGUGGAGAAGGCGUUACGGGACGCCAAGCUUGAUAAGAGCAGCAUUCACGACAUUGUGCUGGUGGGCGGAUCUACCCGCAUCCCCAAAGUGCAGAAGUUGCUGCAAGACUUCUUCAAUGGCAAAGACCUCAAUAAAUCCAUCAACCCUGACGAGGCGGUGGCCUACGGUGCGGCUGUUCAGGCUGCCAUCCUUCAUGGUGACCAGUCGGAGGGAGUUAAGGACCUGCUCCUCCUUGAUGUGGCACCUCUGUCCUUGGGCAUUGAGACAGCUGGAGGAGUCAUGACUUCUCUAAUUAAACGCAACACCACCAUUCCCACGAAACAUUCACAGAUCUUCUCCACAUAUUCAGAUAACCAACCAGCGGUCACUAUCCAGGUAUUCGAGGGUGAACGCACUAUGACCAAAGACAACAAUCUACUGGGCAAGUUUGACCUGAAUGGUAUCCCUCCGGCACCUCGGGGCGUUCCCCAAAUUGAAGUCACCUUUGACAUUGACGCCAAUGGGAUCCUGAAUGUGUCUGCAGUGGACAAGUCGACAGGUAAAGUGAACAAAAUCACCAUCACCAACGACAAGGGUCGUCUGAGCAAGGAAGAAAUUGACAGAAUGGUACAUGACGCAGAGAAAUAUUCUGAGGAGGACACUCGCCAGAGAGAGAGAAUUGAAAGUAAGAAUCGUCUGGAGUCACUGUGCUUGAGUUUGAAGAGCAGCCUUAGGGAGGAGGGCGUCUCCAACAAACUGUCUGAAGAGGAGCGGCAGCGCAUCACCAACCAGGUGGACGAAACCCUCAAGUGGGUAGACGAUAACCAGCUGGCAGAGAAGGACGAGUAUGAGUACCAUCUCAAGAAGGUGGAGGAUGUGUGGCGACCCUUGGCAGCCAAGAUUUAUGGACCAGGGAUGGCGGGCCAGGAAUCUGCGGGACCCAACACCACCAGAGGCUCACGACCUGGACCAACCAUCGAGGAAGUGGACUAA